GUAGCAUGUAGGUUUGCACGACAACAGGCAAACACGAUCUGCUAGUCAGACAGUCACUCCUUGAGCGCCGCUCGUUGUGUGUCCCCUCUCGCUCCUUGCCGUUCGCUGUGCGAUCCAGUCAGUCUGUCGCGCACAUUCAUUCACCCCCCUCUUUUUAUCUGCUUGCGUUCUAUUCACCUCACCCCUUUUCCCUCGAGGAAAUACACACGAGACCCGUACGAAACAACCGAAGAAAGAGUCCCAUUUACUCUUCGCUACACGAUGCGCUCUGCACUACUCACCGCCUUGCUGCCCCUCGUCGCGGCGUUUCCUGCUGGCUGGGAGACCAACUCGAUCGAGGGCGGUGCGCGCGUAGACGGAGCUCCUCACGCUGAUGUUACCCGCCGUAGCUUCGCUCCCUCGGGCCCGAUGGAGGGUAAUGGUGGCUCUCGGGGCGGCCCCGCGGGCAACCUGCCCGACGCAGGACUCCCGCCGUCGUCGUCCGGCGGCGAUGGUGGCGCCGGCAAGUCGGACAGCACGUACAUCAAGGAGACGCUCCGGAUGCACAACGAGAAACGAAGCCUGCACAAGGUCGGCAAGCUCCAGUGGGACGAGAAGCUCGCCACCAUGGCGAGCAACCACAAGUACAGAUGCGAGAGGAAGCACGACGCGCAAGAAUUGGGCGUGGGCCAGAAUCUCUACAUGUCUGCCAUGAUGGGCCCUGGAGGAGCUGGUGGAGGACAAGGCAUGAACCUCGUGCCGAGGGGGCGGGGUGCCGUCAUCGAGGGCCGCUCGCCGUCGCCCGAGAAGGGCAGCGCGGGCCAGAGCGGCGACGCCGUCCAACAGAUGAAGCAGGCCAUGGACGAGUGGUACGACAAGGAGGAGCCGCUGUACAACUACGCCUCUGGGGACUUCUCCAUGGCCACGGGACACUUUACUCAGAUUGUCUGGAAGAGCACCACCCAUGUCGGCUGCGCCAUAUACUCUUGCCCCAGCAGCGGCAAGAUGACUGUGUGCAACUACAGCCCGCCCGGUAACGCUGCGUCCCUGUUCCAGAAGAACGUCCUGCCCCCCACGGGAAGCCGCAACUCGAGCGACAGCACCGGGCCCGAUGACACCCCCCCCCCCUCUGACCCGAGCUCCGGGACCGAACCCGGCUCCAACAACGACGAGUCCAACGAGAUCCCCGGCUCCUCGGACACCUUCCCCGGCCCCGAGACCCGCCCCAAGCCUACUCCUAACGACGGCGGCGACGGCAGCGGCAGCGGCAGCGACACCGGCAACGGCAAGGGCAAGGGCAAGGGCAAGGGCAAGGGCAAGGACGACUCGGGCCACGACACCUUGCCGAAGCCUCCCGCUCCUCCCGGGCGACGACCCUGCCCGCGCCCCAGCAACAUGCCUCUGCCCGGCCAGGACAAGACGAAGUCGCCUGAGGAGAAUCUUCCGGAGGAAGGAUCAACGGAGACGAAGCAGCCCUCCCCCGGAGAGGAGGGAUCGGAGGAGGGGGGCCCCAAGGACGACGAGCCCGUCGACACAGACCCGUCGUUCCCCGGGCAAGACAAGCUGCCCCCCAAGAACGGCCCGGGCGGAGAGCCCACAGGCACGGAGUCACCGUUCCCCGGACCGCAGCAGCCGCCCAACUUCCCCGGUGGCGCCGGGGAGGACGGCUCGGAGAUCCCAACGAUGCCUGGCGGUCCCGGGCAGCCCGGGCAGCCUGGAAGCGGUCCCAUGCCGCCGACCUUCCCCGGGGGUGCCCCUGGCGGUGCGGGAGGCCCAGCGCGCGACGGUUCUGCUCAGCCUGUUCCCCAGCCGCCGGCCCCGGUUCUCAUGCCGCCUAUGCGCCCUGACGCGUCCUACUCAAUGUCCAAGAGGGUCGCCAAGAUCAGGCGCUCUCAGGAAUAAGGCCCAAUGUUCGCCUACUGGCAGCAUCGCCAUCGCCAAGGUCACAAGGGUGCAACGCCUUAUUUCCCUUUUUUAAUUCUUCGCUGCGGAGCCCCUGUCGCCACGGGUGAAGGGGGGGGCAGCUCGCCCUUCCUUGUUCCCUUUGUCACGGGCUCAUUAUAUAGUCCUGAAUUUGGGAUUAGAUGACGAAC